AUGCCUUCCACUAUUGAACUGGCAUCCUCCUUCAUCGAGGGUGCCCCGCCCGGAGAGCUCGCCGAUGUUGUUGCCGAUGUGCAAGCCUUGACUUCCGAUGGCGAAGAUAUCAUUCCCUCUCUUCUGCCCGCGUUCAAGCGGUACAACGAGACGCAGCUCGCAACAGUGAAAUUGCCAGGAUCAAGCCAGGAGGUCAUUAUUAGUGCAUUUAAUGAGCUCGAGGAUAACCGCUACUUCGAUCCGGAGAGCCAAACCUCCUUCGAGGUCGACCACACCACACAGACUGCCUCUGCGGCACAAUCAUACCCAUUGGAGUCGGAGCAUGCAGACUUGAUCAAAUCGCUGCUCAAGUCGUUUGGUGCUCAUGCCCGUGAACACUACCCUAACUGCUCAUAUGGUGUGUACCCCAUUGAGAAUGACUCUGCCAUUGCUAUCGUCUUGGUUUCCAAUCGUUACUCUCCCAACAACUUCUGGAACGGUCGUUUCCGCGCAAUUUACCAACUUCCCGUCGCGUCCUCUACCCUGACUGGCAACAUCCACGUUGACGUCCACUACUACGAAGACGGCAACGUUGCCCUUAACACAACUAAGCCUGUGAACAUCUCCAUUUCCUCCGUAUCCGCCGAAUCGAUUGUCUCCCGGAUUGCUGCGGCGGAGCGCGAUUACCAGGAAGCACUGAACCGGGCCUUUGUUCAAACAUCGGAGGGUGUAUUCAAGGGUCUCCGGAGGCAGCUUCCCAUAACGCGACAGAAGGUGGAGUGGGAGAAGGUCGGUGGGUAUCGUCUGGGUCAGGAUAUCUCGGGCGGCAAAGGGCGGUAG